UAUGUUUUACGAAGCUAUAGUCACUUUUUAAUGUGGAAGACGUGCCAACAAUUUGUUAGUCAUGUGAGAAGCAGGCAAGGACUUGAGGAUGGACAGGACAGAUAUCCUGUAUUUGAUGUUCGUCCAACAUCAACUUUAGGUUAUACCAUCGCCAAAAUAUCUGCAACAAAAGCGCAUCGUCUUUGGGUGGUGGACGAACGGAUGCGCGCUAUUGGUGUGAGCCUGACGGAUAUACUUCUUGUAAUUGCACGUUCAGGAUUAGUUCCUUAUCAUUCGCAUCAACAGGCCAAAGCGAAUAAAGCAGCAGCAGUUGAGAUGCAGAAAGGCUUA